UUAUCCUUGAUUCCUAGUCGUGAUUAGGGUCUCAUUUUAAGGUCUCUGAGGUGGGCUUUUGAAGGCUUUCCGACCUCGUAACACCUGGACUCGGCCCGGCAGGUUAUUAUAUUUAUGACGCUAUCGCUCGCAUUCUUCGGCAGAGGCUUGAUUCCUUUGAGCCAUGGCCGAAAACCAAGCGAAGCAGAUCCUCGAGCAGCAAGUGCUGACGGUGGCCAAGGCGGUGGAGGACAAGCUCAAUGAGGAGAUCGAGGCACUGGACAGGCUUGACCUUGACGACAUCGAGGUCCUCCGGGAGCGCAGGCGCCAGCAGCUCAAGAAGAUGGCCGAGAGGCGGAGCAAGUGGAUCUCCCUCGGCCACGGUGAGUACUCCGAGAUCGCCGAGAAGGAGUUCUUCGCCGCCGUCAAGGCCAGCGACCGCGUCGUCUGCCACUUCUACCGCGAGAAUUGGCCUUGCAAGGUGAUGGACAAGCACUUGAACAUUCUUGCAAAGCAACAUCUAGAAGCACGCUUUCUGAAAAUUCAUGCUGAAAAGAGCCCCUUCUUGACUGAGAAGCUCAGGAUUACUGUACUACCCACUCUUGCUCUCGUAAAGGAUGCCAAAGUCGAGGACUAUGUGGUUGGAUUUGAUGAGCUUGGGGGCACUGAUGAAUUCAGUACAGAAGAGCUGGAGGAGAGGCUUGCUAAGUCCCAAGUCAUCUUCUUUGAGGGGGAAGCAUCAUCACAUCCAAUCAACCCGAGCACAACCAAAAGAAGUGUCAGGCAAUCAGAAACAUCUAAUUUAUCUGAUUCUGAUUAGUGCGGUCUUCACUUCACUAAAUGGCGCUGAGAGGCUUAGAUGAUGGUGGGAGCUUCCGGGCUAUCGUAAGAGAAAUAGCAAAUUUGACUGCCAGUUGAUGAGAAAUUUCCCUAUCCAUAUCCACUGUAUCACUUAUGUGGCAUCAUAUGGAUUAUGCAUCCUGUUGUUUGCAUCCUAAGCAAAUCCUUGGAACUGGUCAGGGGGAAGGCUUUUGAUUCUAGAUUAAAUGAGAGAAAUAUCUAUUUGUGUGCUAAUUCUCAGCAUCAUAGAAGUGCAAUCUGUUUUGUACUUCUAGACAUGAAACUACUAUAUAUCUUAUGGUGCAAUGAAAUACUAGGAUAUUUUGCUUGCUCGAUCA